CACCACUGUAGUCUCCAGGCUAUUGGUGUUGUCCUUCGUGGAUGUUAAAUCAAAGUUCAGUUUUCUCUAAUCAUUUCAGAUGACAAGAAAGACAUUGACCAUGAAACUGUGGUGGAAGAGCAGAUCAUUGGCGAGAAUUCCCCUCCCGACUACUCAGAAUACAUGACCGGCAAGAAAUUACCACCUGGAGGAAUACCUGGCAUUGAUCUUUCAGACCCCAAGCAGUUGGCAGAAUUUGCAAGAAUGAAGCCAAGAAAAAUCAAAGAAGAUGAUGCUCCACGGACGAUAGCAUGUCCUCACAAAGGUUGCACAAAAAUGUUCAGGGAUAACUCAGCCAUGAGGAAGCAUCUGCACACUCACGGACCCCGGGUACACGUCUGUGCAGAAUGUGGCAAGGCCUUUGUGGAGAGCUCAAAGCUAAAACGGCAUCAGCUAGUUCAUACUGGAGAGAAACCAUUUCAGUGCACGUUCGAAGGUUGUGGCAAACGCUUUUCACUGGACUUCAAUUUACGCACACAUGUGCGAAUUCAUACUGGAGACAGGCCCUAUGUGUGCCCUUUUGAUGGCUGUAAUAAGAAGUUUGCGCAGUCAACUAACCUGAAAUCUCACAUCUUAACACACGCUAAGGCCAAAAACAACCAGUGAAACUCUGCAAGAAGAAAGCUAAUGAACUCGAAACAUCUUACCUUACAGGAGAAUGGUUGAAAAUGAAUAAGCCUCCCUCUUUGUAUAUUGUUUCUAGGAAAGAAUUAAAAAAACACAAAAAAAUAAGAAUCCUACAUGCCUAAAGGACUUGUUUUUGAUAAAGUAGCAAAAUAAACUUUACUUCAGCAUUGCUACAAUGCUCGAUUUUGCUCUGUAAUUUGGUUUCAAGAGCAUGGUGUUUUGUAAAGCGUGGCCCCACCUGGAGGAGGCAGACAGUUCAUGGACUUGCAUCAAAGACAGUUCUUUCUACAACAGUGCUAAAAUUGGACUUUUCACAUUGUUAUAAAUAUGAAGCUCACCUGUUGCUUACGAUUUUUUAAUUUUGUAUUUUCCAAGUGUGCAUAUUGUACACUUUUUGGGGAUAUGCUUAGUAAUGCUAUGUGUGAUUUUUUUCUGGAGGUUGAUAACUUUGCUUGCAGUAGAUUUUCUUUAAAAGAAUGGGCAGUUACAUGCAUACUUCAAAAGUAUUUUCCUGUAAAGAGAAAAAAAAGUUAUAUAGGUUUCGUUUGCUAUCUUAAUUUUUUGGUUGUAUUCUUUGAUGUUAACACAUUUUGUAUAAUUGUAUCGUAUAGCUGUAAUGAAAUCAUGUAGUAAAAAUAUUAGAUGUGAUUUAAUAGUGUUAAUCAACUUAAACCCAUUUUAGUCACUUUUUUUUGGGAAAAAUACUGCCAGAUGCCGAUGUUCCGUGUACCUUCUCUUUGCCUGUUCAGUUAAGGAAAGUGGUGCUCAGUUGUAGAAUGUAUUGUACAGGCGCUGACCUUUUAACAACACCCAGUAUGUACAUCCCAUGUAAUGGAGUGGGCAACAAUAAACCAGUGGUCCUGAAGAAAGAAUAUGGCAGAAAAUUAUCUGUAAGCACAGCCUAUUUUCUUCUGUUGUCCAGAACAAAUUAUAGUUCUUUAACCUCCCAGAAAUUGGAAGAUAAAUAAAAUUCAAGUUACAUUUA